UAACAGUCUCGUGCGUUGCGGAGAAACAAGUUGCGGGCCACCGCAGCAGCAGCUUGUAACGCGGACUACUCUGUAGAAUAAUGGCCAAACGGCGUUGGGCUAAAAGUGUAGAUACUUGAUGAAGAAAGAAUAUAAUUGCAAGAGAAAUUAAGUAAUUUCUGCACAGUGCGGUGACUACUAGAAAAUUUUCUAAGAUUUUAUGAAAUUUCUUUUUGGUUUUGUGCAAGUGCAUACGUUUUUUUGUGAGAAAAUCGGUGUGCGAUGGUUGAAGAAAAUAACAUUUUGUGGAAAAUUUUGUGAAAGAAGAAGCUUUGCAGGCGUAUGUCGGCCAAAAAACUAACUAGCAUGAAAAAUUAACCUAUUUUGAAGGUACUUGAAAUAUAACGAUUUUACCCAAUCAACUAAGUUGUCACCAAUGCACUCAGUCACUUCCCCAGCUUCGUGAGCAGCAUAUUGAGUGCGAAAAACUAUGCAACGAAUAAACCGUCGAUAUCACUCAACCAGCCGAGAGCAGAGCUGCCGUGCCAAGCCUUCCAGUGAAAAGCUCCCAUAAAAAGCUGUGGCCGGUACAAACAAAACAACAAAAGCGACAGCUAUAAUAAAAAAAUAAACAAACAAACAACGAAGUGAUGCCGAGCCUCCCACCCGACGCAGACGCGCCAAGAGCCACAGCAGAAUAACGGCGUGAGAGAGUACACACCUGCAUGCGCCGCAUCAGCUGCGCCGUAAACUAUGCUAUAAUAAACGAACAUUGCACACGCCAACAGCAGCAGCCAACGACAGUGCUGAGCGCCGAACGCCGCGACACUACAAUAUGAGUAGGCGAACAGUGUAGAACGUCUAAACGGGCAAGCCGCGCACAGCAGCGUGCUGGUGAAAAAAAUGUUGCAAGUGUAAUAAAUAGUGCAAACCAAACAAAAACCAGAAGAGGAAAAAAUAAGUUGCAGAAAUAUAAAAAAAAAAGAUUUUCUGCAAGUAGAAAAUGCUUUUAAAGUGAAUUUCUUGUGGAAGAAAACGCAAACAAAUUGUGCAAAGUGCUGCAACUAUAAAUAAAACAAAGCAGUAACAGUGUGUUAUAUGCGCGUGUGUAUGUGUGCUUUUGCAUAACGCCUAAAAGUGUGCUAAAGGCUGAGGCGUAAGCCAGAAAAUUUUGUAACCAAAAAGGCGAAAAGUCCAAGUAAAAUUGUGCAAAGAAAAUGUGACAAAAGUGAAGUGAAAUUUUUCUUUUGAGCUGCUGCUCAGUGUGUAUGUGUAUGUGGCGUGCGUGUGUGUGUCUGCACGCUGACAGUGCAGCACCGCGACAUUAAGCGCGGCGGGUGGCCAGUGUACGCCGUGCGCUGUCUACGCGUGUAAACGCCACGCAACGAGAAAAUAAGGUAAAAAUAGCUGCAAAUUAUGCAUCAUACUUUGUAGAUGGGCUGCAGAAAUACUGCUGCUUAGUCUGCGCAAACACCUAAGCGCUUUGGAAAGCAAAACUUACCAAAAAAAUCUUGAAGGAAUAUACAUAAAGGAAUAAAAAAUAAAAUAUAAAAUAAGUGAAGUUAAGAAAUAAACCAACAAGACACAAAAAAUACGUUGUAUAAAAAAAGCUGGAAAUAUUAAAUGAAUAGGAAAUAAAAGUAAUUAAUUUGAAUAAAAGUUAUUAAGUGAAAUUAUAUGAAACAAAGUAUUAAGCAAGCUAAAAAAGCAACAAAAAAUUAACAAGCAAAUUUAAUGAUAAAAAAUAAGUAAACUGUAAGAGUAAAUAUAUAUUAAUAAUAAAUAAAUAUUUGAAGUAGUGAAAUGACUAAGAAAAAUUUCGCUUUACCUACAAAAUAAUUAAACGAGCGUUAGAAAACACUUUUUUUUAACGCAAACACAGUGUAUGAAAGUUGCAAAUCAAGCUAAAAUUUCAAAAUUAAAUAAAUAAUUUAAGCAAUCAAAGUUUGAAAAAAAUAUUUAACUGCUGCUGCUGAAAAUUUACCGAAGCUACUUUAAAUACAAAACCUACCAAUAAUUUCGAAUAUCACAGCAUACUUUUCGGCUGCGCAACCACUCAAAUUACCGCUACUUAUAGGAAAAAGCCAGAAAUGGAAUUCAAACGCUAUUUGAAACAAGAAAAUUCGAAAUGAAGUAAUAACUGAAAAAUUUCUGCUAAAGUUAUUUGUUUUAGGAAGAAUUUGCAACAAAAAGCACGCCAAAAAAUUUUAAGGAAAAAAACAAAAAAUACCAAAAGACACACAUUCAAAGAGCAACGAUUAUAACGGUUUAUCAGCAACUUAGUAUACAUAUAAAAUUAAAAUCAAUUAAAAUAAAAUUAACAGAUUUUAAAGAAAAUUAAAGUAUUACACAAAAUCAGCGAGAAGCAUAAGUAAUAUACAUAUAUACAUAUAAAUACGCAUUCAAAGAGAAGUAUAUAAAUAUAUAUAAAAUAUUCAAAAAUAAGCAACUUAGUGAAAUUGCAAAAAAGAAAAAACCAAAAACACACAAGUUCAUGCCACUAGCAAUUGUAUCAAUGUUGCAGCAACAAAAAUGUUUAGAAACAUUGGACGAGCAGCAGCAAAAAAAUCAAGCAACAGCGGUAGCUGAAGUAGGCAGCACUCAGCGUCAAUACGCAGAAACACGGCUUAUAAACGCCACUUGUAAGGCGGAACAACGCACAGCUUGGCAACAUGUUACCGCAACAAAACAACAACCCCAACAGCAAGUUAGUAGCGAAAAAAGCUUACGCGAAACUACUAAUCUACACAAUGUUGGGAUAACAGAUAAAUGCAUGCUAAAUGCGGCCGCAAGCCAACAGACACAUGUGGCCAGCAACAUUACACACACCACGUACACAAACGUAGCAACAUUGGUUGAGCACACCGAAGCCAAUGUGGCAUUAGAAAAAGUAUUAAAUAAAUCAAAACAACAAACAGAAACGCUCCAUGUGGCAAAAGGCAUUGGCAAUAAAGCGCUUAGCAACAUGUUGCCGCAACAUACAACGCUGGCGCGUUUGAAGACGAAACGUGCGCGCCACCAAAGUGUUGCUGCGGUGCAAAGUGCUGAGAAGCGUGAAAAAAUUGCCAACGCUAAAGCGAAGGCGACAAAAUUAAAUACAGCAACAAUAAUAACAACAACAACAAAUCAAAGCACACAAAGUGCUGAAAUGUGCGAAAUGGCCGCGCCUACGGGCGAGCCGUCGGUCAAGCAGCAACGCCAACACCAAUACCAUAACACCGAAAAGACGAUAGAUUUCAAUAGUCGACGGCGACGCGGACGCCUAAGGGCUGCCAGUGUGCAUAACGCUCUUUGUGGUAAUGGUCUAACGGCCACCGUGUGUCGCGCGCUUAUGUGGCUGGCCAGAUAUUUGGAAAAGGUAGCGCACAAUCGCGCUAGCGCCGGCUACGAUCAAAGUGAUCCCUUGCUGUACUUGUUAUCGGUGUUGUUAUCGUUAAUCGUUGUUAAUGUAAAUAGAGUUGCCAGUUUAGUGAAUGAAUACAAAUGUGAAGUGAAUAGCAAUACGUUGGCAAACACUAAUAAUAAAGCAAACACCAACAACACCACCAUCAGACCAAACACCAACAGCGCUAAAAAUAAUAAAAAUCUUAAAAUCAUUACAAAUCAGACCAUUGAGUUGGUUAGCGAGUCUACCGAGGAUGCCGGCAGCGCUACUAAGUUGUUGCAAUUGCCGGAAAUUGACGACGUCAACGUGGAGGGGGAGGAGAAUACAACCUCUGUAGACGCGCUUGAGUCUGCGUCCGAGUCCGAGUCCGAGCAGGUGGCUAAAGCGAAAAACAAUAACAAAAUAAACGCACAAAAUACAGUUAUGACGCUUGACCGCAACGGGUUGGCGCUCACCGAACGCGCCGGCUUAAUGACCGCAAGAAGUGCAACGAAGCGUGGCAAGUCCAAUUGCGCAGCAAACGCGCAUGCCAGCGCCACAACAACAACAAAAGCAACAGCAGGCGGCACAAGCAAAACAUUUGUGGCCAUGCAAAUGCAGUUACUCUUCUAUGCCUUCAUCUUAUGCACAUCCAUAUUACUUCCAAGCGGCAAUAAUUUGGUGGCCGCAGCCAAGCCGAAAUCCGCUACGCAAUUGCAGCAACAAAAGCUAUUGCAACAACAACAACUGCUAUUACAGCAGCAACAGCAACAGCAGCAACAGUAUGAGCAUCAACAUGGUCAUCAGGCUCAUCAGCCGGCUGCCGGUCCGAAUGGUGGUUUCGGUACGCUUGGCGGUUAUGCUGGUGCCGGCAUGCCCGUCGCUUCCGGCGGCACGGCUGGUGCCGAUUUGACACCGCCAACCUAUCAGGUCGUUUCAUCGCGCGCAUCGAAUGAGCAGGCGGAAUUCAUAUUCCCCGCUGAUCAAUCGGACGAGCAAGUCUUCGAUCAGGAGAAUUUGAAUGUGGUGGAAUUGGAUGAUGACGACGAUGAUGAAGAGGAGGCGGGCCUGAAGAAAACGUACGGAUUGCAUGACAACGAAACCGCCCAUGCGAAUGUGACGAAAGCGCCGCUCUUCCCCAAGGAUCUCUUCACCAAAGAGCAGCUUGAAAAUGGUGCUGUUAUAUGUCAUAUAAUCGGUGUUAUAUACAUGUUCGUAGCGCUAGCCAUUGUAUGCGAUGAAUUCUUCGUGCCUUCCCUGGAUGUGAUCAUCGAGAAAUUGGAUAUAACAGACGAUGUAGCCGGUGCUACGUUUAUGGCUGCCGGCGGUAGUGCGCCCGAAUUAUUUACCAGUGUCAUUGGCGUAUUCAUCUCGUUCGAUGAUGUUGGCAUUGGUACAAUUGUCGGUUCGGCUGUAUUCAACAUACUCUUCGUCAUCGGUAUGUGUGCGCUAUUCUCCAAAACCAUAUUGGCGUUAACAUGGUGGCCAUUAUUUCGUGAUUGCACAUUCUACAGUAUCAGUUUACUGGUAUUAAUAUACUUUUUUCGCGACAACUUCAUCUAUUGGUGGGAGGCGCUUAUCCUAUUCAGCAUCUAUAUAGCGUAUGUGACCUUCAUGAAGUGGAACGUACAGGUGGAAAGAUUCGUCAAAAGGCUCGUUACGAAAAAUAAGGUGACUCGCGUCAGAAGUACAGAUCAACUUAUGCCAGCAGGCAAUGCGGCGAACUCAUCGGAGACUUCAAUGGCCACACAACCAGGCGGCUCGGUCACAUCGCGUGCCGCAUCGGAGACACGCUCUGGACCGCCGGGAUCGAGCAGCGGCGCUGGCGCAACAGGUAAUAGCAGUGGAACUGCUGGUAGUACACACACCGGUGCAAAAUUCCGUCAUGGCCUAUUGCAGCUUAUGAUACACACAAUAGAUCCGCUACAUGAUGAUGAUGUUCCAGGCAAGGUGGACGAGAAGGCGACCCAACUGCAUGCGAUCGCCUCGCUCAAGGUACUGCUCGAUGCAACGAAACCGCAACGCGGCGGCGCCACCACAUCGGCUGCCAAUCAUGUCAAGAUCAAUUUGAAGGAGACCACAUUGGCCGAUCGACCCAAUGGCAACAUUGACACAACACUGGAUUCGCCAUCCAUCCAAAGUCAAAGUGGUCGUCGUCCGAGCUGGAUUGAUCAGAGGGUCAAAAUUCAGACACGCAAAUUUAGCAUCAAAGCCAAUGAAAUUGAAGAUGAGCCGGAACCACUGAGCAUGGCAUGGCCCGAUACUGCCCGCAAACGUCUCACCUACAUAAUGGUGGCACCACUGCUAAUACCCAUGUGGCUGACGUUGCCCGAUACGCGUACACCGCGCGGCAAGAAAUACUACCCGGUCACGUUCAUGGGCUCAAUACUAUGGAUUGCUGCCUUCUCAUAUCUGAUGGUGUGGUGGGCGAACGUAGCCGGCGAUACGGCACGCAUACCACCCGAGGUUAUGGGUUUGACCUUCCUUGCCGCUGGCACAUCAAUACCCGAUUUGAUAACGUCGGUGAUUGUGGCGCGUAAGGGAUUCGGUGAUAUGGCGGUUUCCAGUUCAGUGGGUAGCAAUAUUUUCGACGUCACUGUUGGUUUACCUAUACCAUGGCUAAUUUAUGGCAUCAUCUAUGAUGCACCUGUCGAGGUUAACUCUGUGGGCAUGGUCUGCUCCAUAACGAUACUCUUCAUGAUGUUACUCUUUGUCGUUAUGUCGAUUGCCUGCUUCCGUUGGAAAAUGAAUAGGGGACUUGGUUUUACAAUGUUUUUGUUGUAUUUCGUUUUUGUUGCUGUUUCGUUAAUGUUCGAAUAUGAUACACUACAAUGUCCAGUGUAAAAUGUGACGAGUAAAUAUAAUGAAAAAAACACAUACACACACAUACACACAAAAAGAAAUAAAAAAAUAAUAAAAAGAAAAUAAAAACAAAUAAGCAAACAACAACAAAAUACAAUAGCAGGUUAAUAUUAAAAAAAUGAAAUAUAUGUAAUAUUUAGAAUAAAUGCAAAAAAUAUGAAAAAUAUAAAUAGUGCAAGUUAGGCGAUUGAUUAAAGUAGUUUUAAUAAAAUUAUAAAACACUAUAUUAAUUACAAAAAAAAAAAUAAAAAAAGUUAAUAAGCAGUGAGCAAAAAAAUAAACUACAGAUAAUAUUGGAAUUAUUAUAGUGAAAACGAAAUGUAAAUCUUAAGUAAAACUUAAUGACAUAAGUAAAGCGAUUCAGCAGCGGCGCAAUUGAAGAGCGUUGCAAACGGCUUUCAUAUAAUUUAAUAAAUAUAUUUAGUAUAUAUAAACAGACAGACAAGUGCAUAAAAUUGUAGCAUAAGCGUUAUUUCAAAACCAAUAUUAAUAUAUAUAUAUAUAUAUAUAUACAUAUAUAUAUAUAAAUAAAUAUAUACAUAUAUAUAGCAAACAAUUAUAACUCUUGAAUACUUUCACAAGCUAUAACUAAAUACAUACAUAUACAUAUAUAAUAAUAAUGUAAUUGUUAAAUUUCUCGUCUUUUUUCAUGCGCUCCUCCUAUACUCUCUUCAAAUAUCAUAUUGUAAAGAAUAUUUAUUGAAUUUUAUAGGCAAAUUUUUAUGAAUUGUUAGACAAAAACCAAAAAAAAAAACAAAAAACAAAUAAUAAUUGAAUUUAUUAUUUAAGUAUAUGAAAAUGUACGUUGUUGUAGUUAACAUAAAUAUAUGUAUGUAUGUAUAUUGAAAAAAUAUUAAUAUGGCACAAAACUAAAAUUUUUUUCUUCUAAUUUAACGCAGACCAAGUUGUACAUAACUAUUCGCUUAAUAGCACGAAACACAACUGAAAAAUAUGCUACUUUCGUUUACUUGGUGUCUAACCCAUAUAAAGCUUUCACAGCUUCGAAAGCUGCAACAUGAAAAAAAAGGCUUGUGAUUUUUAUAACAGCUUUGAAACACUCAAAGCUACUUACUUCAAUAAAGUGCAGAACAAAAGCUUUCAGCUGUGUGUGCGCUGGUGCUUUAAUGGCACGGUAUAAAAAGCGCUUAAAAGCUACUUAAACGAUGACGAACUUUUUAAGCCUCUCACACAUAAUCAAGCUUGCUUAUGAAUGGUAAACUUUUGUAAGAUAUUUAUUUUUCAACAGUUAAAGUCAAGUCUAUGGUCGGCAUUAACGCUAUUAUUUUGUUUUUAUAUGCUGUACAAGAUUAAGUUUGUCACGAAGUUUAUAACAACCAGCAGGUAAGAGCUUAGGUAUUAAUAUAAUAUAUAUGUACUAUAUAUACUUAAUAUACAUAUAUGUACAUAUAUGAAUAUAAAUGAUCAGCGUGUCUAGAAGAGUUGGUUUAGUUGUGUUUGUCCGUCUGUUUGUAUAUACGCAUACUAGUCCCUCAAUUUUCGAGACGUCGGUCUAAAAUUUCUCACACGUUGUUUUUCAAUCAAAAAGUUGCUCAUUUGUCGGAAUCAUCGUUAUCGGACCACUAUAACAUAUAGCUGCCGUACGAAGUGACCAGUCUCAAUCAAAGGCUUGUAUGAAAACUUUUUUAUUUGACAAGAUAUCUGCACGAAUUUUGGCAUAGACUAUUAUCCUAAGCAACGCUACAAUCUUCGCAUAUAUUGUGCAGAUCGGUGCACUAUAUCAUAUAGCGCUCAUACAAACUAAUCGUUGAAAAUCAAGUUUUUGUAACAAACUUGAGCCUGUGAAGGGUAUUAUAGCUUCAGUGCAGCAGCAGUUAACGUUUUUUUCUUGUUAUUUAGCUUUUCCUUUCUUUUCUUUUCUUUUCUUUUCUUUUCUUUUCUUUUCUUUUCUUUUCUUUCCUUUUCUUUUCUUUUCUUUUCUUUUCUUUAUUUUUCUUUUCUUUUUUUCUUUUCUUAUCUUUCCUUUUCUUUUCUUUUCUUUUCUUUAUUUUUUCUUUUCUCUUCUAUACUUUUCUUUUCUUUUCUUCUCUUUAUUUUUUCUUUUCUUUUCUUUUCCUUUCUUUUCUCUUUUUUUUACUUUUCUUUUCUUUUCUUUUUUUUCCGAAUAAAUUUUGACAAAAAAAAAAUUUAUAAAAUUAUUAACCAAAUAUUUAAAAAAAAGCAUAGCAAUUCAUCUAAACGCAUUUUUCAAAUCACUGCAUACAUUUUUCUAGUAAAUUAAAAAACGUACUAGUUACUUAGUUAGUAUGACAAAAAGCUAGCAAGCUCUAACAAAAACUUACUUUAUUGAAACAUUGAAACGCUACUAAUUUGCUAAACCAAAAAAAAAAGAAAUCUAAGAAAAGCUAACUAAACCAAAGAAAUUUGCAUAAUAUGAACAUGUAUACAAUGCGCAUGCGCGCCUAUUAAUUGAAAAUCUAACACAAAACGAUUAGAAAACGUAUUACAAACAAGAAAAAUUUUAACCUUUACAUAAAAGCUUAAAUACUCUUUAGUCAGUUCGCGUUACAUUUAUUAGGCAAAGAUAUUAGCACUUAUUUAAUUAAUAUUUCUCACUGCUCAUUGUAUGCAGAAGACACCCAAUUUACAUAAGUACUACAUUAGAAGACUAACUACGCGCGAUCUAUGCCUGUGCCAUAGAUUUUUAGUUAGGUUAAUAAUGCGCUCUACAGCAAAACACUUGCUACACUCAUGCUAACCGAGUACGCACAUACAUUUCGCCACUUUAUUUUGUCGGAAAAAAUUAUAUAUACUUCAUUUACUUGUAGACCUAACUUUAUAGCCACUUUAAAACUCCUUGAGCUAGUUAAAUUAUACAAAAAAAAAAAUAUUAUUAUAAUAUAGGAUUCUGUUGGCAGACAGAAUUAAUUGUUAACAAUUUAGCGCGUUAGAAGAUUUGUAAGAGAAAGUAGCAAUUUGUACAAAGUGAAAUUAAAAAAGAAACAUAAAAUAUAUGAUAACGAAGAGAAACCCGUUAAAUUUUUGCAAACAACGCAAGCAGUUAGUAUUUAAACUAUAUAUACAUAUAUAUAUAUAAUAUAUACUUAAAAAAUCUAUAGGCAUUUAUGACUUAAUAACGAGGAAACAGCCAUUUAACUUACUUAUAUAAGUUGCAAAAGCAAAAACAAAUAUUAUAAUAAAUGAAAAUAAUAAUAAUAAUAACAAAAAACAACAAAAACAUUAACUCAAUACGAAGCAGUUAGUAGCAGUCGAAAAAGCAACGCACGUAUGCAUAAUGAAAACUCUUUAGAACAUAACUUUUAAGAAAGCAAUAAUUUAUUAUGUGGAGCUAAACCAACUAAACUACGCUAGUACUAAUAUAUAAAGUUAAACGUAAACUUAACACAAGCAAACACAUUUUAACUUAACACUAACCGAGAAAUUGUUUAAUUUUCGCCGAAACUAAAUAAUUCCAGAAAAAAAUUAUAUAAAAGAAAAAAUACAAAGCAGCAAAGACGCAAAGUAUUGUAUGAAAUGAAUUACUCUUGAGACAACAACAAAUACGUAUUACACUUAAAACAAACAUAGACUACAUACUUACAAACAUAAGUGAAGAAAAAAUCAACAUACUUACAUACAUACAUACAUAGUACACAUUUUACCUUAGUGAGUAUCCAAAGUGAAAAUUACCAAAAAAAUUUAACAACUAUACAAUUCAAAAGAACAAAUUUCAAACGCGUAAAUUUCAUACUUGACACACAUUUUCCAUACUUUCCAUUUGUUUACUUGACUUACGACUACUAAAUUACUAUUAAAAAAAAAAAAACCUAUUAAAUAUAAACGAUAAUUGAAUAACGAAAAAAAACAUUAUAAAUUCGUAAACAAAAAUGAAUAAUCUUCCAUACAUUUACCAAAGGCAAACUUAGUAGUUGAACUAUAAAAGCGCAAGCAAAGCAUAACUAAAUACAUAUAACUUAUUUCAAAAAGAAAAAAUAACGAGAAAUUGCAAGAAAACACAUAUUAAACAUAUCCUACACAACACACAUGCGCUCUAAACAACACCACUAAACGAUUUAACCCGAUCGCGAUCACAAACUAACGUACGAACAGCAGAAAAACCAACGGACUAACAGACUGUGGUUCACACACGUACUCUUUUGGCGCGCAUUAGACGGCGUUCCAACGAGGUCGCUUUUGACGGUCAAUUGUGUUCAUAUGAGCGACAUGACUGCAAGUUUGUUGCUGCUGCUGCUGCCCCUGAUCCAGCUGCUGUUGCUGGCGCUGCUGCCGAAAAGAAGUAAGAAGCCGAAAGCAAGCAGUCGGAGUCGAAGAAAACCUCGAUAUGGGUUUUGGUUUAAGGACAAUUUUCUGCAAUCCCUUUCAUAUAACAUUCUUUAAUUCUUGUACGCUUCAUGCACACAAAAAUAUCGUUCAUUAACUAAUUUUAUACUUGCAAAACCUUUUCGAAAAUAUCUCUGUGACUGCCUUCAGAUGAUUCCUUUUGGCGCUCAUUUUCUUUUGGUCUCGUUCAUUGCGUUCACGCGAGCGAAACGUCUGCGGCAACUCGAAUCCGGACAACUUUCUGCAUUCGCUUUCAUAUUACAUUCUUAAAUCCCUGAAUGCUUCAUGUGCGCGUUGCACAAAAAUCUCUUUUAUUAACUAAUUUUUAUACAACUCUUUCAAAAACAUGUAAAUUAAGUUGGCCACGCGCGAACGCGAUUUCUGAGGUUCUUUUAAAUACAAAUUUCCGAACAAAUUGUAAAUAUAGAUUUAAAACCGAGCGCAUUUGCACUCAGGAAAGAAAUCAUCAUGAAGAAAUUUAAAAUCAAAAUGAAUGCCAAAUUUCGUUGCACAGAACUAUUACGAACAAAACACAAAUAUUGACGAGCACAAGUAACACGACCGCCUCGUCUUUCCUCGUUGUCUCCUCGCCCACAAAAAACCGGUUUACGCGCCAAGAAGAGUCCUCGUGUGAACAAGCGAGCAAGAACACCAAACACGUAUCCAACCGAGUGCGGCCCACACGUUCCCUUCGUCUUUGCUCGCCGUACAAUCGCCGACAAAAGGAAAAACUAGUUUAAUUAAAAAAAAAGAGUCCGUGUGUGAACCGACAUACAACAAACUUGUCAAAAUUUAUACUCAAUACACGUAAAGCUACGAAGACGGAAACAGUUUGCGAAGAAAUAUAGUACAUCAAAUAAAAAACCAAAUUGAACACUAGCUUACUAGAACACAACAAAAACUUUAGCAAUAUUGCAAAAUUUGAACGGGAUAAUGCUUUAAUUGAGACUACAAUGCUAAAACUGGAACCAUAUAUCACUUACCACUUAACCACUAACCAGAAAACGAAUACGAAAAUGGCGCGCAACUAUCAGGCCCAUAAUUAUAUAUAUAAUAGUUAGCAUCAAAAUUGACUUUUGCAAAUAGCAGCAACUAUUUGACAUUUACUUGUAUAUGGGGAAAUCUAUCUAAACUCUCAAAAAGUUACUACUAACUUUAAAGUCUCUCGAGUCCGAGUCUACUAAAAUAUGCAUAUGAGUAUUUCGACUAUGUUUGUUUAAGCGUCGUAUAAGCAAACAAGCUGCAAAAGCUAAAUGCGAAUGUAACGGUUUAGCUGAGGUGACGUCACGUAAAACGUAAGCAGAAUAGAAAAAAUAAACAACAAAUUGUUAUGGUUAUAGAGUUUUAAAAACAAAAGCAAAGUUACAUUAAUAAUAAUAAGAAAUUAAGUAUAAUAAAUAACACACAAAAAAUAAAAAAAUAAUAA